AUGUCAGACAUAGAUAAAUGGAUAGAUAUCGCGAAAGAAUGCAAAUACUUACCCGAGAAUGAUCUCAAGAAACUCUGUGACGUGGUAUGUGAUUUAUUACUGGAGGAGUCAAACAUCCAGCCUGUAUCUACUCCGGUGACAGUAUGCGGCGAUAUACACGGUCAGUUCUAUGAUUUAGAGGAACUGUUUCGCAAUGGUGGCCCCGUACCAGAUACAAAUUACAUAUUCCUGGGAGAUUUUGUCGAUCGGGGUUACUACAGCUUAGAAACAUUUACUCGUCUGCUCACACUUAAAGCUAAAUGGUCUGACAGAAUAACGUUACUACGUGGUAAUCAUGAAUCUAGACAAAUCACACAUGUUUAUGGAUUUUAUGAUGAAUGUCAAAACAAGUACGGCAAUGCUAAUGCUUGGAAGUACUGUUGUAGGGUAUUUGACUUGCUCACAGUUGCUGCCUUAAUUGAUGAACAGGUUCUUUGUGUACAUGGUGGAUUGUCUCCGGCUAUUAGAACACUAGAUCAAAUUAGAACAAUCGAAAGGAAUCAAGAGAUUCCACACAAAGGUGCUUUCUGUGAUUUGGUUUGGUCUGAUCCAGAGGAUGUAGAAACAUGGACAGUAAGUCCACGUGGCGCAGGUUGGUUAUUUGGCAGUAAAGUGACUUAUAUGUUCAUGGAAGUGAAUGAUCUUAAACUCAUCUGUAGGGCACAUCAACUAGUUCAGGAAGGUUACAGGUACAUGUUUAAUGACAAACUUGUCACAGUGUGGUCAGCCCCAAAUUAUUGUUAUCGAUGUGGUAACAUAGCUAGUAUCAUGCAAUUCACAACAGUAGAUCAAAGAACACCCGUGCUGUUCCAGGCAGUGCCUGAUUCCGAGAGAGUAAUUCCACCUCUAACGCCCACUCCGUACUUUUUGUGAUCUAUCUUAGCGGCUCAUUUGUACGGAUGCAGAAGAGAAAUAUCUGUGUCUAGACUCUACGGAAUUACAUGAUUUGAUCGACCAGAUCCAGGCUGGUACCAUGACGGAACCAUACAUUAGUGAAAAUAUAUCACAAACCGAUUAUACUCUAGAAAAUUUUAAUUCCUUUGAAAGAAAUUGUUUGAUGCGUUCUACGAUCAAAGUACGAUACUUAGAGGACUGAAUUGUGGUGUGAUUACUCUUAUUCAGGGAAUGUUCUUUAGAUUUUUUAAGAACUUUAUCAGGUUUUACAUAUUGUAAAGCUAACUUUUAUAUAUUAAUACAUAGUAUCUGCCAUUGCAUCAGCCUGUUUUUUGUGGCUCGAGAAAAAAAGAAAAUGAUAUUUUGCAUUAGAGCAAAUGUGAACAUUCUGUGGUCUAGACGCUUUUGCUGUCUACUAUGUACAUUCUGUAGAGCAUUCAUAUCUCAGAGCAGCAUUCUGGACUUAAAUGUUCAAAAGACUUUUAAAUAAUUUAUGAGCGCAAAUAAUGCGAAUAGUCCAGUGCUGUAUAUAAAUAAAAAGAAAAAAAAAGAAAUAUCACGUUCAAACAUUCCGGUAAGAAAUACACUCUCUGAGUACAGUGAAUGCUUAUCUGACUUUACAAUCGUGCGUAGAAUUCAGGUUUAUUAAAGCGUGAGCAUAUAUAUAGUACUGUUAAGGUCUUCCUAAACAUAUAAGUGAUCUGUUGCUGAUUUAGGUACUGUGUGUGCUGCGUGCUGUUUUUUUUUUUCUAAAUGCGCAAUCAAUGUUCUUAGCAAGAAUCGUAAAUUCGGCCCUUUUUCGCCGAAGUACAAAUAGCGUGUAGCAGUAGCCAAAGCUUUCCUGUUUAGAUAGGAAAUCCGAUAGCGGAAUCGUUAUAGCAUCUAUAUAUAUAGAGAGUUCUCUUAUUAUUUUUAGCACAUGACAUUUUUUAUGCUUAAUUUUAAGAAAUAUUGAGCUCAAAUACUAUCGCUAAACUAUCUU